AUGGCACUGCAGCAAAUUAAGCAGUAUAGUACUGUAAUUUUGAAGCCAAUAGCAGAAAUCAUCAGUGAUGAAAAUCAGAAUAGCUUGAUUUGUGCCUAUGGUGUCUACGAUGCACGCCUAAAUUGUUUUAUCUAUCGGUUAAUAUUGCACUGCACAGAGGGUAAUGAAGUUCAGAAUCUUGAGCCCUUAAAGACUGGGAUUUAUGAAUUAUGGAGUUGCACUUUCGAGAAAGAGAGAAAGUCAAUAAAUCGAGCUUACAUGCUUACUUACUCAGACAUAGUUUACGAGAAACUGAAGUGGAAACUUGAAUAA